UUCACAGUGCAAGGACGAGGCAACGAGUCAGUCUGGCCUCCCUGUCUUCUCUUUCUCAACACUAUGGGGAAAGACCGGUUGCCUCAUCUAGGCCUUGUCCUGUUGCUUCUCGCCUUGGUCACUGGAAUCAAUGGAGAACCUCAGUACAUGGUGUUAGUUCCUUCCCUGCUUCAUACUGAGAUCACCGAGAAAGUGUGUCUCUUUCUGAGCCACUUGAAUGAAACAGUGAAUGCAAGUGCUACCUUGGAGUUCAACAGGCUUAAUGGCAGUACUGUAUUAAAUCAUCAUGUGAAUGACAAACAGGCAUUCCUCUGCCUGCCCUUCACUAUCCCAAGAUUAUCAACACUCUCGGAGGUGGCGUUCUUCACUGUGCAGGUGAAGGGUCUAACACACACAUUCAGUAAACGGAAGACAGUGCUGGUGAAGAACUCAGAGAGUCUGGUCUUUGUCCAAACAGACAAGCCUAUCUACAAGCCAGAACAAAAAGUUCAGUUUCGUAUUGUCUCUGUGGAUGGAAAUUUUCACCCCCUAAAUGAGACGUUUCCACUGGUGUACGUUGAGGACCCCCAAAACAAUCGUAUCAUGCAGUGGCAGAACCUCCAGCUGGAGGGAGGUCUCAAGCAGCUCUCCUUCGACCUCUCAUCAGAACCCCUCCUUGGCUCUUACAGGGUGGUUGUACAGAAGGAAUUAGGAAGAAAGAAUGAACACUCCUUUAAGGUGGAUGAAUUUGUACUGCCCAAGUUUGAGGUGCAGGUCAAGGUGCCAGAUAAAAUCACUAUCUUGGAUGAAGAAUUUACAGUGUUGGUCUGUGGGCGAUACACUUAUGGAGAACCUGUUUCAGGCCUGGCAAGUGUGAGUAUAUGCAGGAAGUUCUCACAGUAUUCUGCUUGCUAUGGCCAAGAAUCAGAGAGUAUCUGUGAGGAAUUCAGCAAACCGCUGGAUGGUUUAGGUUGUGCCUCCCAAAAAGUAAAAACUAAGAUUUUCCAGUUGAAGAGAAAUGAGUUUUUGAUGAACCUUAAUGUGAUUGCCAAGAUCACAGAGGAAGGGACAGAAAUAGAAUUGACUGGAACUGGAUCCUGUGAGAUCACGGAGGUUGUAAGCAAAGUCUCAUUUGUGAAUACGGAUUUACAAUACAGGCAUGGAAUCCCUUUCUUUGGCCAGGUGCUCCUAAAGAAUGGGAAGGAUGAACCCAUCCCAAAUGAGAUCAUCCAUAUCACUGUGAUGGAAUCUAACCAAUUCACCAGAAAUUAUACCACUAAUGCAAAAGGCCUGGUACAGUUCUCACUGGACACCGAUAACUUCACUUCUCCCUCCAUCAGUCUCACGGCCAGAUACAAAGAGGGGAUGCAAUGCUAUGGAUACAUGUGGAGAAUAGCCCACCACCAGUCAGCACACCAUACUGCAAGGCAUGUUUAUUCCUCAACUAAGAGCUAUGUCUACAUUGAACCGGUAUUUGACAUCUUGACCUGUGGCCAAAGCCAGGCUAUCCAGGUGCACUACAUCCUGAAUGGACAGGCCCUAAAGGAACUGAAGGAGCUCAUCUUCUAUUAUCUGAUCAUGGCCAAGGGACUUAUUGUUGGAACAGGGACCCAUGUGCUGCCUGUCAAGGCAGGAGACAUGAAAGGGAUAUUUUCCAUUAGCCUUCCUGUGGACUCAGACAUUGCUCCCAUUGCCAGAGUUCUCAUCUAUACCAUUUUACAGAAUGGGGAGGUUAUUGCAGAUUCUAAGAAGUUUAUCAUUGAAAGCUGUUUUGCCAACAAGGUGAAUUUAAGCUUUUCAUCAGCAAAAAGCCUUCCAUCCUUGGACACUCGCCUGAAGGUGAAAGCCUCUCCUCAGUCCCUCUGUGCCCUGCGUGCAGUGGAUGAGAGCGUCCUUCUCCUGCAUCCUGAAGAGGAACUUACCCCUGCCUCUCUAUAUAAGCAGCUACCUGUGAAAGAUCUCACUGGAUUCCCUGAGGAUCUAAAUGUGGAAGGUGAAGAUACUGGAGAAUGUGUCCUUUUCAAUAAUAUCUUUGUUAAUGGAAUCAUGUAUACCCCUGCAUUGAAUACUGAAGAAGAUGAUGCUUACAGCUUCCUAAAAGAUAUGGGCUUGAAGGUAUUUACUAACACACAGGUCCAGAAGCCUCAUUUAUGCUCGUUUUAUCGCCCACCUAUUAUGGCAUAUUCACCACACCCAGCUCCUGCUGCAGGUAUAGCAAGACUGGGAUCUGCACCAAGAUAUCACGCAGAGCCUCUAAUUUUAGAAGCACAAAUAGUCCCAGCUGAAACUGUGAGAAUGUAUUUCCCUGAGACCUGGAUCUGGGACUUGGUACCAUCAGAUUCAUCAGGUGAGGCCGAAAUGGUAGUGAAAGUCCCUGAUACUAUCACUAAAUGGAAGGCUGGAGCAUUCUGCCUGUCGGAAAACACUGGGUUUGGCCUCUCCCCUCCAGUCUCUCUCAUCGCCUUUAAGCCUUUCUUUGUUUCUCUCACUCUACCCUAUUCUGUGGUUCGUGGAGAGGCAUUCACCCUCAAGGCCACUAUCUUCAACUACCUGCCUCACUGCAUCGGGGUUAAAGUACAGCUGACAAACUCUUCCACAUUCUCAGCUGUUCCCAAGGAAAACAGCGAUGUGUCUCACUGUGUCUGCGGAAAUCAACAUCAAACAUUCUCAUGGGCUGUGACUCCCAAAUCAUUAGGAAAUAUUACUUUCGUUACAAGUGCAGAGGCAGUGGAGUCUCAAGAACUGUGUCAUAAUGAGAAGGUUAUGGUUCCUGAGAGUGGAAGGAAGGAUACAGUCAUCAAAGAAUUGUUAGUCGAGCCUGAAGGGAUUGAAAAGGAGGAGGCUUUCAACUCCAUGCUUUGUCCAAAAGAUGCUGAGCUGUCUGAACAAGUAUCCCUGAAACUCCCAUCCAAUGUCGUGGAAGGAUCAGCCAGAGCCUAUUUCUCAGUUCUGGGCGACAUCCUUGGAUCUGCCGUGAGAGACACACAAAAUCUCCUCAAGAUGCCCUAUGGCUGUGGGGAGCAGAAUGUGGCCCUGUUUGCUCCCAACAUUUAUGUCCUGAAUUAUCUGAAUGAAACAAAUCAGCUAACACCAGAGAUCAAGUCCAAGGCAAUUGGAUUCCUCCAAAGUGGUUACCAGCGGCAGCUAAACUAUAAACACGCAGAUGGCUCCUACAGCACCUUUCCCCAUAGCGAAAGUAAUACCUGGCUCACUGCUUUUGUGCUCAAGUCUUUUGCGCAGUCUCGGUCCUAUAUCUUCAUAGACGAAACUCAUAUCAACCAAGCCCUCAUCUGGCUGUCACAGAAACAGAAAGACAGCGGCUGUUUCCGAAGCUCAGGUUCACUGCUGAACAAUGCUCUUAAGGGUGGGGUAGAAGAUGAACUGACGCUCUCUGCCUACAUCACCAUCUCUCUGUUGGAGAUACCUCUUACUGUCUCUCACCCUGUUGUCCGGAAUGCACUUUUCUGCCUGGAGUCAGCCUGGAGGAUGCAACAAACUGGGGUAUCUGGGAGCAAUGUCUACACCAAAGCAUUACUGGCCUAUGCCUUUGCCCUGGCAGGAAAUCAAGCCAAAAGAGACGAGGUGUUAGCGGUGUUGGACAAGGAAGCUGUGAAGAAAGACAACUCAGUCUAUUGGCAGCGCCCAGAGAGACCCCAGGUGCCAGCAGAACCAUACUCCUAUCACUCCCAGGCUCCCUCUGCUGAAGUGGAGAUGACUUCCUAUGUGCUCCUUGCUUACCUCACUGGCUUUCCUGUCCCGUCUCCUGAGGACCUAUCGAUGGCAUUUAACAUUGUGAAAUGGAUCACCAAGCAGCAGAAUCCUCAUGGAGGAUUCUCUUCUACUCAGGACACAGUGGUUGCACUCCAAGCCCUGUCCCGAUAUGGAGCAGCUACUUACAGUAAACAUGGGACACCUGUUGAGGUGACUAUCCAAUCUUCUGGAGGCUUUUCUAAAAAAUUUCAAGUGAACUCUGCCAACCGCCUACUCCUACAGCAAGUCUCAUUGCCAGGGGUCCCCGGAGAGUACAAUGCAGGAGUGAAAGGGAAAGGAUGUGCAUAUCUUAAGACAUCUCUGAAAUACAAUGUCCAUGUGGAGAAAGCGCGAUCUCCAUUUCAUCUGUUAGUGCAGACCAUUCCCCCAACCUGUGAUUCUGCAAAAGCCCAUAAAACCUUCCAGAUCACAUUUAAUGCCAGUUACAUAGGAAGUCGUCCUUCCUCCAACAUGGUGAUUAUUGAUGUGAAGAUGGUGUCUGGUUUCAUCCCUGUAAAACCAUCUGUGAAGACGCUUGUAACAUCUGGUCAUGUGAACAAAGUGGAAGUGAGCACUAAUCAUGUUUUGCUUUAUGUGGAAAAGAUGACCAAUCAGCCAUUGUCCUUUUCCUUCACUGUGACCCAAGAUAUUCCAGUAAGAGACCUAAAACCAGCUGUGGUAAAAAUCUAUGAUUACUAUGAAACAGAUGAAUUAGGUGUUGCCGAGUACCAUGCCCCUUGCAGCACAGACGACGAUCAAGGAAAUGCUUAAAAUCUACAUAUGAGAACGAGACUUAGAAGCUUUGGUUUUCAACUUCUUCUAACCCAGAAAAGAUUGUUGUUGGUUUUUUUGUUUUGUUUUGUUUUUUAACAAAAACAAAAAUACAACAACAACAAAAUCUUGUUGAAUAAAUGUGUGAAUAGCUUCAA